AUGGCGCCAGCCUUCACUGUGCGCUCUCUAGACUUGCGCCCCAGGUUGAAAAGCGGCUCCAAGAAGAUCGUCAAGCCGAUCCGCGCCCUGUAUCGUAAGGUCGUCCUUGAGGUCGUCUUCCCUCCCUUGCCAGAAGAGGCGAAAGACAGCAAAGCUUGCGAUUCCAGUUCGGCCUCGUCACCGUCCAGCAGUCAAACAUCGCGGAAGCACGCUGGCGGGAAUGCAGAGAUCUAUUGCAGCAUCUGUGCAUCGCGGUCCGCUGGCGAUGCGGAAUCCGACAUCCCAGCUCUAUGCCCUACGCCGCCCUCGCCCGCGUCGAUUGCCUCGAUGAGUGAGGCUUCGACCUCCGUCGGACAGGAUCACACGGCUGUAUCGCAAAAUGAUGGCACCAUCUCCACCACAUCUUCCCUUUCCCUCGCAGCAUCUUCCCCUGCCGAAACACGCAAGCCCAGCACCAUCCCCUCCCUAGACACCCUCAGCGAACAACAACAAUCCGCCCUCGUGCACGCCUAUGCCGCCCACAUCGAAGAAGACUACGCCCACAUCAUCCCUUGGAGCGAGCGGCGCACGCACCUCCAGCACUUCCUCUCGCACCACUGGCCCUUCGAGACGGAGGACUUCACCCGCGUCUACUUCGCCCUCAUGGGCCGCAACCUGUGCGAAGUGCGCGAAUUCUCCAAAUGGGAGGUACGCGUGCGCCUCAACGAAGAGACGGCCGUGGAAUGGGGGGGCACAGAGCAGAAGUGGAACCGCAACUUCCGCACCCCCAAGCGUGGCGUCGUGUGCUUUGGCGUGCACAGGCGCCAGGAACUCCUGUUCAACGGCUGGCAAUGGCCGGAGGAGAAGAGAGCGCGCGCCGAGUUCGCGGAGGAAGUCGGGCCGAUGGAGGAAAGGCUGGAGAUGGUCGUCGAGCCACCAGCCGGCAUCGACUGGGCGAGCCUAACGCAGCAACAAGCCAAAGUCCCUCCCGCGCCCUUCGAAGACCGCGCACCCACCUACUGGCCGAAAUGGGAAAAAGCUGACUUCGAGGUGGACGUCGUGCGCCCCUUGGCGGUGGCGCUGUGGAAGGCCGCGAAGUCCAUCUAUCUUCAUGCCUUCUUCUUUGGCUAUCAGUACAAUUGGAAAGCGGCGGCAAUGCGGUUGGAGGAGGCGUAUCCUCAGGGCGGCAAGGUGGAUUGGAAGAAGUUCAAGCGGGCGUACAAGCGGUUUGAAGGUGACAAUCUCGCAGUGAACUUUGCUGUUGAUCGCCAGGCGAGGGCGCAGUUGAUUAUGGAGAUGGAUCGGUCGUUGUGGAGUCGAAUGUGGCAUUGA